AUGGAGAAACUAAAGAAGAAAUUCGGAAAAAAGGCUUUUUCCGAACCCGCUGAGGAAACGCCUGUAGUGGUGCCAGAGAAAAAAGAAGUGUUGCCGAAUAUCAAGAUUGUGCCACUGGGAGCCGGUCAAGAUGUAGGACGAUCCUGUAUUCUCAUCACAAUUGGAACUAAGAAUAUUAUGGUGGAUUGUGGAAUGCACAUGGGUUAUCAAGACGAUCGGAGAUUUCCAGAUUUUUCGUAUGUUUUUAAAAAAAUUUUCCUCGAAAAAACAUUCUUUUUCAGCUACAUCGGAGGUGGAGGCCGUUUGACAGACUACCUCGACUGUGUGAUCAUCUCUCAUUUCCAUUUGGAUCACUGUGGAAGUCUACCGCAUAUGAGUGAAAUCGUCGGAUACGAUGGCCCAAUUUAUAUGACUUACCCAACAAAAGCAAUCUGUCCAGUGCUUCUAGAAGAUUAUCGAAAAGUUCAAUGUGACAUAAAAGGAGAAACCAAUUUCUUCACAUCCGACGACAUCAAAAAUUGUAUGAAGAAAGUGAUUGGCUGCGCUCUUCACGAGAUUAUCCAAGUGGAUGAUCAGCUAUCAAUCCGAGCUUUUUACGCCGGACACGUUCUCGGAGCAGCCAUGUUUGAGAUUCGUGUAGGCGAUCAUUCUGUUCUCUACACCGGAGACUACAAUAUGACACCCGAUCGACAUCUAGGAGCCGCCCGUGUGCUACCAGGAGUUCGUCCAACGAUCCUCAUUUCCGAAUCCACCUACGCUACUACUAUCAGAGAUUCGAAGAGAGCUAGAGAGCGAGACUUCCUUCGAAAAGUUCACGAAACAGUGAUGAAAGGUGGCAAAGUGAUCAUUCCAGUGUUCGCAUUGGGUCGUGCUCAAGAGCUUUGCAUCCUUCUGGAAUCCUAUUGGGAGAGAAUGGCGUUAAAUGUUCCAAUCUACUUCUCACAAGGACUUGCAGAGCGUGCUAAUCAAUAUUAUCGCUUGUUUAUCAGUUGGACCAAUGAGAAUAUCAAGAAGACGUUUGUCGAAAGGAAUAUGUUCGAGUUCAAGCAUAUCCGGCCAAUGGAGAAAGGGUGUGAAGAUCAGCCAGGACCACAAGUGCUGUUCUCCACUCCAGGAAUGCUUCACGGCGGACAAUCUUUGAAAGUUUUCAAAAAAUGGUGCUCGGAUCCAUUAAACAUGAUCAUUAUGCCUGGAUACUGUGUAGCUGGAACCGUGGGAGCACGGGUCAUCAAUGGAGAGAAACGGAUUGAAAUCGACGGAAAAGUGCAUGAAAUUAAACUUGGCGUCGAAUAUAUGUCAUUCAGUGCUCAUGCAGACGCCAAAGGAAUUAUGCAAUUGAUUCGACAAUGCGAACCGAAGCAUGUCAUGUUUGUGCAUGGAGAGGCUGAGAAAAUGGAGUUCUUGAAGGGAAAAGUAGAGAAGGAGUACGAUAUUCCAGUGCAUAUGCCAGCGAACGGAGAGACCUGUGUGAUUGAAGUGGAGCCUAAAAUGGAUAUUCGGGUUCCUCUGGAGAAAAUCAACAAAAGCAUUGCUCUCGAUCCGAAUCCUUCAAAACUGGAAUGCCCGUUCGUCGCUGAAAUCGUUUAUGACCAAGAGAAGGAGACUAUCGAUGUAAUGCCUAGCACUCGACUUGUGGAAACUGAGGAUUUCAUGCCAAUCACUCUUUCACUAUCAGAAAUCAUUAAAGUCAUCAAAAUCGACUGGAAUCAGAUUGCUGCCGAUUUGAUCAUCUACGAUCCGAAUUUGCAACAAAAGAAUGAUGGAAUCGAAAUGUUUCAUGGAGAGAUUACACUUUUGGCGAAUAACGAGAAAGACACAGAACUUGAAGUGAUCUGGGAUGAAUCUCGAGAAGGAUGGGCACGAGUUGUUCGAAGCUCGUUGUUGCGAUACGCUUCACCGGAACAAACACCACCACCAGAACCUCAGGAACCAUCGUCACCGAUUCCGGUCAACGCAUAA